CCUAGUGCCAUUUAGUGAAAGUAAACGCUUCUCUCUUUGCAUUUGAUCCGCAUAAAGUCACCAGGCCAGUUCUUGGGGAGCCAGCUGCUCAGCCUCAAUGGCCUUUAAUGAGCUCUUGGAUCAAGUUGGAGGCCUGGGGAGAUUCCAGAUUCUCCAGUUUCUUUCCCUCAUAGGCAUCAUGGUUUUAGCUUUCCCUCAGGUUCAGUUAGAGAACUUCACUGCCGCUGUCCCUGACCAUCGCUGCUGGGUCCCCCUCCUGGACAACCACACCGCCUCUGGCAAUGCCUCUGACAUCCUCAGCCAAGACGCCCUCCUGAGAGUCUCCAUCCCACUGGACGCAAACCUGAGGCCAGAGAAGUGCCGUCGCUUCACCCACCCCCAGUGGCAGCUCCUUCAUCUGAACGGGACCUCCCCGAGCACGGAUGAGCCGGACACAGAGCCCUGUGUGGACGGCUGGGUGUACGACCACAGCUCCUCCGUCUCCACCACCGUGAUGCAGUGGGACCUGGUAUGUGAAUCUGAGUCACUGACUUCAGUCCUUAGAUUCCUACUUAUGGCUGGAAUGAUGGUGGGAAACAUCGUGUUUGGCCAUUUAACAGACAGGUUUGGGAGGAAGUUAAUACUCAGAUGGUGUCUCCUCCAGCUGGCCAUCGCUGACACCUGUGCAGCUUUUGCUCCCACCUUCCUCGUUUACUGCUUACUGCGCUUCCUGGCUGGAAUGUCUACUGGGACCAUCAUGGCAAAUGUUUCUAUGCUCAUUAUAGAGUGGACAUUGCCCCGGUUCCAAGCCAUGGGAAUGACAUUUAUGAGUUCUAGUGGCUGUAUUGGACAGAUAAUCCUGGGAGGCCUAGCUUUUGCUAUUCGUGAAUGGCACAUACUCCAGCUGGUGGUUUCUGUGCCAUUUUUUGUCUUUUCUCUGUUCUCAAGGUGGCUUGCAGAGUCUGCUCGGUGGCUGAUUGUCGCCAACAAAUCCCAGGAGGCCCUGAAGGAACUCAAGAAAGCUGCACACAGGAAUGGAGUGAAGAACGUGGAAGACACCCUAACUAUGGAGAGAAUGAAGGCUGAACUCAUUCAGGGGCCAGGCAGAUAGCAACAUCAAGUGCAGCAGUCUGGAGUCAAGAAAACAACAAUGCAUUAUCAAGGUGAAUGGUAACUGACAGUCCCUUCACUGCCCAGAGGAGGAAAGAGAACACUGACACUGCCCAGGAAAUGCAGAAGAAAUCUGGUUUAGAACAUGGAGUCUGUGCUUGAGCAGGCACCCAAUGUGCCUGAAUUUGAUGGCUUUGAAACAAUCCUGUAAAGACAAUUCAGAAAUGUGUGGGCUUAUUCCUGUUCUAAUGACCGUCUCAUGGACUGCUAGACAUCUGCUCUAGCUGUCCUAAAGCUGACACACUGUGUCGAUUGCCCUGGUCUUAGGGAGCAUCACAUGCACCUCCUACGCCAGAAUCUCUCAUAGCUGAGGGAUGGACCAAGUGCUCAGAAGGAGUGACGCCCCAUUUUGAUUAUUUCUCGUGCUGUGAAACCUGGAAUUGAGGCCACACCAUUAAAUACUUAGCAUCGAUGGAUUUGCUAACACUUCACCCACGACUGGACUUACCUCACAGAUUUCCCCCCAGCCACAGAGCCUGCCCUACUUGCUGUAGGAUGUGGCCCACAGGGUAGUCCUGAGUGCUGGACCCUGGAGCAUGCCCGUGGCAUCCUCUCCCACUCACCAAACACGGUGGUCCUCCAGGUGCGCCUGGGGGUGAGUGGAGCCAGCUAACAGUGCUGAUCUUUCAAAGACUUUCUUCCUGGAAACCUGAACAUUAGGAAGAAAGUGCCUGCAGCCCUUUGCCCCCAACUUCACGGUUCUUCAAGCAACUUCUGUUCGGUGCAAUUUCCUUCCAAUCAUCCCCUGACAGGUGCCCUCUUCCACCUUCAGAGAAGUAUCUUCCUCAUCUUUUAUUUAAUAAAGCGUUCUCCUCCUUGGUCAGCAUAUUCCAUUGGUUCUCACUUUUUGAUGCAGUUAUGGUCUUUAACUUCCCUUGUCUCUAAGCUCUGUGUAUUCCGAACUCUGCUGCUCUCUUUCACCUCUGCUCUGCCCAAUUUUGUGCUCCCAUCUAUUGUGACUUAUCCAGCUGUUUUCGGUCUUCAACUGUAUUCCUCUGACUGUGUCAACCAUGAUAGACACUCAAAAGACUGGUGCUCCACAGCGACCCAGUCUGAGUUACAGUCUCCUUAUACUUCCUUAAUGCAUCCCCUAAUUGCGAGGGGGCAUUUGCCAGUCAAGGCAUAAGUGCAUCAUUGAGACUCGAUCCCUAAAAAGUCAAUGAUGAUACCUUCUGUGAUUAUGAGUGAUGUGUUAACUGUACAAGAUCCACACAACUUUCUCUAUUGAAUCAUCUUAAGGGUUCUAUUAUAUUCAUCAAUCCAGAGUUUGAAACUAAAUUGCAUUAAGAAAUUUUUCUGAAUAUCAUAAAUAAUUGCAAUAAAAAAUAAAUGUCCUCUUUCUAUCUCUGCUGUCAUUAACAAAGACUUCCCUGAAGCUCUCUGGAUGAAUAUGUCUUAUUCCUGCAUUAGUCCUGGAAUUUCAGAUCUUCCAGCUUCUAAGUACAUUCUACCCUCCAUUGCCUCUUUCUACUCUCAUUCUCAAUGUUUUCCUUCCUUCAUCCCUCCCUCACAUAACUUGUUUCAUAUAUACUUGGUGACAGAUGCUGUGACAGAGAGGGUAAAAAAAAAGUCAGCGGUUUCUGUGUUCAGAAAUGUCAGUCCCUGGGGCUGGUGCUGUGCCAUAGUGGAUUAGGCUGCCGCCUGCAGUGGGUUUGAGUCCCCGCUAAUCCACUUCCGAUGCAACUCCCCGUGAAUGUGCCCAGGAAAGCAGAGGGAGAUGGCCAAGUGCAUAGGAGACCCAGAAGAAGCUCCUGGCUCUUGGCUUUGUCCUGGCUCAGCCCUGGCUGUUGAAGCCAUUUGGGGAGUGAACAGAUGGAUGGAAGACCUCUGUCUCUCUGCCUCUGCCUCUCCCUCUCUGUAAUUCUACUUUGAAACAAAUAAUUAAGUCUUAAAAAUAAGAAAGAUGAGUCACUGGGCAGGGGGAGCAUUUGGCACAGAUGUUCAGCCACCUUAUUGAAUGCUCGCGUCUUUUUGAGCCCCAGCCGGUCUGCUUCCAAUAAAGCUUCAUGGAGGCAGUAGGUGAUGGCUCCACCCAGGUGGGAGAUCCAGAUUAAGUUUCAGGCUCCUGGCUUUGGUCUGGCCAAGCCCUGGCUAUUGUGGGCAUUUGGCAUUAAACUAGCAGAUGGAAGCUCUCUCUCUUUGUCGCUUUCAGUCCCUCUGCCUUUUAAAUAAAAUGAAAAUACAUUUUUCAGGAAGGUCAAUCAGUUUCCAUGAGUAAAUGAGCCUGAUAAAUCCUCUGUGAAGUGAACUGAGGGUGAGAUGUGAAGAACAAGGUGAGACACACCUGAAAUAUGUGGAUGGAGGCACUAAUGCAGCUUGGAGGCAGUUACAUCUGCAAUGGAUCUUAGAGGUUAAGGUGGUAACAGGUUUACAGGGCAGGCAUAUGAUUAAAUUUGCAGUCAGAAUAAUCCAAGUGACUGUAGGAGACAAAUCAGGGGGUGGUCUGGUACCUGUUUAACAUCCAACAACCUAGGAGGAAAAAUGACCAAACAGGUUCCAGAUUUAACAGCAAUUGUCAAAUUCCAUGAUGUGAAUAAUUUUACACUAGUUGAUGACAAACUUGAUAGCUUAUAUAAUAGCAACAACAUGUCCUUUGCUGGCCCAAGUUUAAGGUCAUCUUAUAGAUCCCUUUACAAAAAUUAUUUAUUUAUUUUCAUUUUAUUUGAAAGAGAAACAUAAAGUGAGAGACAGAGACCGAGAGGUAUCUUCCUCCUAGUGGUUCACUCCCCAAAUGUUCACAACAGCUGGGGUUGGGCCAAGCUAAAGCCAGGAGCCCAGAAAUCAGGCCAUGUCUCUCAAGUGGGUGGCAGAGACCCAAGUACUUAAGUGAUCACCUGCUGCUUUCCAGGGUGCACAUUAGCAGGCAGCUGAAAUUGGAGGAGGAGUCUGGACUCAAGUCCAGGCACUCCGAUACGGGAUGAGAGCAUCUCAGGUGGUGCCUUAACUGUUAUGCCAAACACCCAGCCUUCGAUCCCAUUCUUACAUCAGUUGUACCAAUGGCCUGCAGUCAGGACUUAUGUGUUGUAUGUGGAGGU